UCCAAACAAGGAAUCUGGAGAGUGCAAAGCCCUCGGGGUCCCCGGGGUUCCUGUGGAAGGAGGGAAGGAGCCUUCAUCCUUAACCAGGUGGAUUUCCAGUUUUUCCUGCAAAGUACCUUCUCUGCUUGGCGACAUGCGCAAUUGACCUGUUUCCUGUGCUGGAUUCGCCUCCACCCUAAAUCCCAGGCCGUCGAAAGCUUCGGCAGCAAGGGAAGGAGCCGCUCCCGAGCUCUCGGGAGCCGCGGAUCGAAGAUGCGAGGGCAGGAGCUGGCUGGGUCCCUAGCAAGACAAGACCCUUGCGUCACCCAGACUGGGAGCAGUGGGGGAUUCUGGGAAAGAACCGCGCAGGAGAUCCGGGGCGAGGAGGACGUCCUCAGCUCAGGCGCUCAGUGCCAGCGUUUCAGGCAUUUCCGCUACCAGGAGGCCGAGGGACCCAGAGAGGUUUGCAGCCAACUCCACCAUCUUUGCCGUCAGUGGCUGAAGCCAGAGCGACACACCAAGGCUCAGAUGCUGGACCUGGUGAUCCUGGAGCAGUUCCUGGCUGUCCUCCCCCCGGAGAUGGAGAACUGGGUCAGGGAAUGCGGAGCGGAGACCAGUUCCCAGGCGGUGGCCCUGGCCGAAGGUUUCCUCCUGAGCCGGGCAGAGGAGAAGAAGCAGGAAGAGCCGCAGGUGAGAGAUUCAUCCAAGUAGAAGCUUAUUUUCAUGCAGUGUAAGA